CAACCGCGGUUAAACGCCGAAGAUAAUGAUGAUGAUGAUGAUGAAGAAGAAGAACGGAAGCGCGAUUGCGCACGCAUCUCCGACUUGAAACAUGGUUGGCAUUUAUCAACAUCGUUUGCCUAAAUCGAUCUCUUACAAAUGCCAAAUUGGGCCAAUAUCAACGUUUGCCAUAGUGUGAGAACUUGAAAUAAACGGAUUAUUUAUUGCACAUUGGCUAGCUAGAAAAUUGUAACAUUUACUUAAUCACACCGAAUAAAUACUGGGCUGGACAAGAUGGUCAGCUGCAAUUUUCAGGAGCAGUUUGUAUCCAUAAUGGAGGUAUUAGCUAAAGCAGCUGUAGCAGAAAUAAACAACCGUGUAGAUGAUAGCUGUGCAGUUAUACGUUUGGAAAUUACCCAAAGCCAGCGAGAUAUUGAUGUACUGAAAAGGAAGUGUCAAAUGAUGGAGAGCGAGCUGAAGAAGACGCGCAGACGAAAGGGUUUUUACCCCAUGGCAUCAGAGAGAACUUCAUAUCCAGUCAAGAUUGUUUCGAACAAGCAGAGGAGUACCUCACAGUGGAGAGACAGAGAGAUGGCUGUUGAAGGGGACUCUCAACCCCAGCCUACAGAUGUGGAGCAGAGAGGGGAGACUGAACCCAUACUGAUCAAAGAUGAGGAGACAGCAGAGGACGUGUGGAAGACUGACCCUCAGGAAGAGCUCAGGGUCACUGGAGAGGAGUCUGGUUCCAAGCCUGGGAAACCACUAUCUUUUGAGCAACGGCACUGUGAUGAGGACUUUAUCACACAACCCAACAUAUCUCCUGAAGACUCAGUGGAACAUUACCCCAAUUCUGAUCGUUCAGAGGAACCAGGCACACCCCAGCUCGCAUCUACAGAGGUGUUCAGCACAGAGCAACACCGGCCAGCCGAGGACAAAGACUCACUAGAGCUAGUGAUGGUGAAGGAUGAGAAAGAGGAGGCGCUGGAUCAGACCACGGCCCUGGCAGGACCUGACCAGUUUGUUAUGGAUGAGACUGAUGGGCAGCUGUGGACCUCUGUGGAUCCAGGCAGAGACGCUGACCCUGAUGGCCACCCAGAUUUCUCCUUUCAUGCAACAGAAGAGUACUCUCAGAAUAUCUCAAUUUUCCCAUCUCAUAGUGGGCUGCCAUCCGUUCCUAAAAUGACAGAUGAUGUAGGGCCAUCGCUUCACUCUUCUUUAUGGAAACCACAUGCUAACAUGUUCAGUGUAGCAAAACACAUGACAAGACAUGUCAGGACAUUGGCUGAUGAGACUAGACAACAGAUGCCAGAGGGAGAGAGCAGCGAGAGGCUGAACUCAAAUAAUGAAGGAAAUAGUUCAGCUCUACAGCCAAGGCAGCAUCAAUACGGGGCUUCUUCGGAAUCAACAGUGAGAUUGAGUGAAUGCAUGACAGGGUCAAACAUUGCCACCACCUCCACCUUCUCUGGAUACAGCCUGAGUCGCAGUAGUUUUAACAUGGUGAAGAGAAUGAGGACUCAGUGGAGGUCGGGCGGCCCCACCGAGAGGCGUUUCAGCUGCACCUUCUGUGGGAAGAGCUUCCCACGUUUCUGGCAGCUCAAAGAACACCUCCGGAGUCACACCGGAGAGAAACCGUACACCUGCGAACAGUGUGGCAGGAGUUUCACCAAGCAGUGCAACCUGAUCAGACAUGCUGUGGUCCACAGUGGGGAGAAGCCCUACAAGUGCACACAGUGUGGGAAAUGCUUCACCCAGCGCUCCAGCAUGAAGUCACAUCAGAGAACUCACAUAGGAGAGAGUCCAGUGUCUCAAUAUGUGGCACCCGCAUACCCUGGGGAUCCACACACAAGUUUUAUGUUAUCUCAGACCAGAUGGAACAAAUAGGAACAUAAUUGCAUUCUUUUUCGGCAACACUUUCGAUGUGAAAAGUAGCUCAAUCAACACUACUCGCUAUCUUCUUCUACACUCCCCUGUGUAUUUAUUUGGACAGUGAAGCUAAAACUUUUAAUUUGGCUCUAUACUCUAGGAUUUUGGAUUUGAGAUCAAAUGUUUUAUAUGAGGCGACAGUGCAGAAUGUCAUCUUUUAUUUGAGUGUUUUAAUACAUCUGUUUUACCGUUUAGAAAUGAAAGCACUGUAUGUAUCUAGUUCCCGCAUUUGAAGGUGUCUUAAGUAUUUAGACAAUUUCACUUAUAGUGUAUAGAAAUGUCUAACAUUUAGUAUUUGGCCCCAUAUUCUUAGCACGCAAUGACUACAUCAAGCUUGUGACUCUACAAACUUGUUGGAUGCAUUUGCAGUUAGUUUUGGUUGUGUUCUGGAUUAUGUUGUGUCAUUUUGGAGUCACUUAUUGUAAAUAAGAAUAUAAUUUGUUUCUGAACCCUUCUACAUUGUGAACAAUACCAUGACUACGGAUAAUCAUUAAUUCAUCUUGAAUAAUGAUGAGUGAGAAAGUUACAGAAAGA